AAACCAUAUAUUAAAUUAUUAUUAUAAUUAUCGGUUCCGAUUGGUUGGCAUAAUUCAAUAUUUAAAACGUUAAUGAUCAAUAAUGGGAAGCUCCGACUAUAAAACAAAAUUUUCCAUCAAGACUGUAGAUUCUAACAAUCAAACAGUAAUUAAAUCAUUGGAAAUAACAAUAACAAAGGACGAUGAAGGACAUUACAUUCCACAACCAAACUUUUUUACGUGUUGUAGAAAAGGAGAUCAUGAAACUUUAAAAUUAUUAAUUGAAGGAUUUAAACACGGUUCGCUGACAAUGGAAAAUAUAUUGGCAAAUAAUAAGGAUGAAGAUAGUACUCAUUCGUUUAGUAUUUCGGGAUUACAUAUUUUAACAAAAAUAGCUUCCUUCUUUUAUGGAGGAAAAUCAGAUUCUUCAAGCUCGAGUGUUACCAACUUUCUAUCACCCCAUGGAAAGAAUAGAAGUUUUCAAAGAUCUCCGCUGCAUUAUGCCUGUAGAUUUGGUCACUUGGAAUGUGUAAAAUUACUGAUCAAUGAAGUAUCACAACUUCAAUUAUUAGGAGAAACUUGUAACAAGUGGACAAUUAUACACGAAUGUGCGAGAUUUGGCCGAGUAGAUGUAUUAGCAUUCCUCUUCUCACAUCCUAGGACCAUGGAAUUUUGUAAAGCAAUGUGCUCUAAAGCAACCAAGUUUGGAAGCACACCUCUUCAUCUAUCGUGCAAGUAUCGUUACUCUGAUACUGCACAAUUCCUCUCAUCACAAUUUAUACCCUUCGAU